CGCCUCUCCACACUCUCUCGGCUCGGUUCAAUUGUUGGGGAGUUGGAGGCCGAAUACAACACAGCUGCUCCCUCCUCCGUUCAAGCACAGCACCAAAGCCUGCUAUUCACAGUAGCUGAACACAGCAACAACAGCAACCAACCGAACACAACUCUAACCAUCCCGCUCUCUCAUCUCUCAGCAUCGCAGCCACGCACCAUUCCCCUUCACGUCUCCAAGGCUUUCUGGUUUUCAACGCUGUUGGUGGGGGCACUGGUUCAGAUCUUGGUUCACUUCUCCUUGAACGUCUGUCUGUGGAUUAUGGCAAGACGUCCAGACUUGGGUUCACAGUUUACCCAUCGCCCCAGGCGCUCCCUAGACAUCGCAAGCCACCACCACCGGCAUCACUAACUACCACGGCUCUGUCACCUGUUCCGAGCAUCAACGAUUCGAGUCCUGCGGAGAUAGGAAGAUCAUAGAGAGCUGAAGGUGUAUCCAUGACAUCUCCAGAUUCAAGCAAUCAAUUUGAUCCAUCCUCACAACCGAGCCUCUCAAAUCCAUUCUUCCUCCAUUCGAAUGAAAAUCCAGGUAGCAUUUUGGUUACACAGCCACUACUUGGUAUGAAAAACUAUCAUUCUUGGUCAAGAGCCAUGAUUCUUGCUCUCACUGCCAAGAAAAAAAAUAGGUUUUAUCAAUGGAAAAAUUGGUGAACCCGAUCCAAAGUCUCCUCUCUAUGAAGACUGGCAGAGUUGCAACACGAUGGUAAUUUCUUGGUUGAUUAAUUCUAUGCACGCAGAUGUAUACGGCAGUGUGAUGUAUUGUAAAACUGCUAGAGAAAUGUGGCUGGAAUUGCAAAAUGUUUUUUCUCAAGGCAAUGGUCCCAAAAUAUAUAACCUUCAAAAGGAACUUUGUUAUAUUACUCAAAAUCAGAUGUCAGCAAUUGAGUACUUCACAAAGUUCAAAAGGUUAUGGGAUCAAUUGCUAAAUCUUGAACCAUUACCGGAGUGCACAUGUGGUGCAAAUAAAACGUUCAGUAAUAAUCAUGAUAAAGUCUAUGUCAUGAGGUUUCUUAUGGGAUUGAAUGAAAAUUUUGAAACCAUUAGGACUCAAAUUCUAAUGUAUGAACCUCUUCCUUCAAUAAACAAGGUUUAUGCAUUAGUUCUUCAAGAGGAGUCUCACAAGAAUGCUGGACAUGGAGGUUCCUAUGCUGCUAAACCAGAUACUAUGGCAAUGUAUGCAAAUUCAAGGGGAAGUAGUUCUGGUAAUUCAGGAUGGAAUAAGGAAAACAGCAAGAAAGAAAAACCUAUGUGUACUCAUUGUAAUAUGCUUGGGCAUACUAUUGAUAAGUGUUUCAAACUACACGGAUAUCCACCUGGUUAUAAGUCAAAAUGGAAAUCAAGUGCAAAUCAAGUUUCUUGUCCUCAAGGAACUGUGAUUGAGAAUUUUUUUCAAAGCCAGAUUCAAUGUCCCAUCACCAAGACUCAAUGUGAGCAGUUGUUGGCUUUUCUCAAUACAGGAUCAAUUUCUAAUGACAAUCAUCAUGUUGCUAAUGCAAGUGUUUGUAAUGGUUUGUCUAGAUUGACCUCUGGAUCUGCUGGUGUUCAUGGUGCUGCUGCUAUGACAAUAAAUUCUUCCCAGCCUCAAGCACAUAAUAAAUAUCUUGAAACCAUAUCAGGACCUUGCUUAUUGGAGCACGAUUGGUCUGGGUAAAGAAUACAAUGGGCUCUAUCUGCUGGAAGGAAGCAAGUCUGUUUCUUUUUCUUCUUCAGUUUUGUCAGUAAAUAAGCCACAGUCACAUGUAUGGCAUUCCAGGUUGGGACAUUUAUCAAAUGCCAAAUUGCCUUUGAUUAAAUCCAAUGAUGUACCUCUUGUUGAUUCAAAUAAAGAUUUUCUUUGUGAUAUUUGUCAUAUUGCAAAGCAAAAGAGAUUACCUAUUAAUAAAAGUUCUCAUAUUUCUGAAAA